AUGGCAUCACAUACAAUGUCCCAAUCAAAUGAGUGCAAUGUAUACUUCGGUGCGGACUCGCUGAAGAAGUAUUUCAAUCCUGAUUGUCAGCCUCCGUUGCCUCUGGUUGAGUUGCCGGAACAUCUGAACCCAUACUAUCAUGAUGGAGUUCGGAUAUACGCCAAAAUGAUGACCAUGCACCCGGCAAACAAUGUCAAGGCUAUGCCAGCGUUGAACAUGCUGGAGACAAAUGUGGUUCCGAACAAGACCAAUACCAUCAUUGAAUACAGCUCAGGAUCGACCGUGAUUUCCAUGUCCAUGAUUGCCCGAGUCAUGCACGGCGUCAACGACACACGAGCUUUCCUGAGCAACAAGACCAGCGACGCCAAGCUGAAACUGAUGCAGUUUUUCGGUCUGGACAUUACCCUUUUCGGCGGACCAUCACAGCCAGAACCCACCGAUGAGCGUGGUGGCAUCCAAAGUGCCCGCAGACAAGCCAAAGAGUCCGAAGCAAUCGUCAAUCCCAACCAAUAUGAAAACGACGCCAACUGGCAGUCACACAUCCGAUGGACCGGACCACAAAUCUUCAAGCAACUACCCGAGAUCAAUGUCCUUUGUGCAGGCAUGGGUACUUCGGGAACCCUCACCGGACUGGGCACAUACUUCAAAAGCGUGAAGCCGUCCGUGACGCGGAUCGGGGUCUGCACAGCACCCGGUGACCGCGUACCUGGCCCAAGGUCCUAUGCACUUUUACGCCCAGUCGAGUUCCCAUGGAAAGAUGCAGUGGAUACAAUCGAAGAAGUCGGGUCUGCAGACUCGUACACCAAUUCUCUGAGACUAUGUCGAGAGGGACUGGUGUGUGGCCCAUCAUCCGGAUUCAACCUACAAGGCCUAUUCCAGAUGCUGGAGAAGCGCAAAGCGGCCGGUACACUCACUGAUCUAGCCGGUCCAGACGGAGUGACGCACUGCGUAUUUUUGUGCUGUGACUUGCCAUACCAGUACAUUGAGGAAUAUUUCCAAAAACUAGGCUCGGAACAAUUCCCUCCCAUCCGCAAUGAGCAAUUGACCAAAGUCGAUCUCCACCGCUAUGACGAAGCCUGGGAGCGAGAUGCCCUGGAUAUCCUUCCACAGGUAUACGGAGCUCCUCGGUCCCUCGCAGAAAGCCAAAUGAGCGAGAUCACGCUCAGGCCGCAGCACCGGGUGCUGGAUCUCCGAAACCCAGCCGAUUUCCGAGCUUGGCAUCUUCCUGAGUCGAUCAACCUGCCACUGACCAGCCUCGGGCCACAUACGGCGUCACCGUUUUCGGAUCCGGCUGUAUUAGAGGCGCAAUGGAGGGAGCUGGAGAAGCUUUUCCAGGAUGGCCUCGUCUCGCAUCUUGGUUCGCAUCACGUUCUGGUGGUAUGUUACGAUGGAGACACGGCACGUGUGGCCACUAGCGUUCUUCGGGCGAGAGGCCUUGAAGCAGAUAGUGUGCGCGGUGGCUUCCGUGCGUUGAAGAUGUAUGGGAUCGGGAGUGAGGGUCCCACUAUGUCCACAAAGGCCCCUGGACCUAUUGCGGCGACUAUUUCUGUUUCUGCUGUACCCCUUGAUUAG